AUGCAUUGCACAGCUCUCCUCGUCGCCGGCCUCGUCUCGCUCGGCGCCUGCGCUGCUGUCGAGACCAACAAUGCCAUUGACGCCCGCGAUGACGGCACCAACUCAUGCAAGAAGCAGAACUGCAUGGACGAUUCCCAAGCCGAGAAAGUCGCCGACAACUUCGCGCACCUCGUAUCUGCCUAUACUAAGGCCGACGCCGAGGCAGUCAUGGCCCCUGACUUCCUUGAUUACAGUGAUAGCGUUACUGCUCUGAUCAACUCCGGUUGCCCCAAUGGUCCGGUUCCGUACGGCGCACCCACCUUCGCCAGUCGUGACCAAUUCGAGGCAGGCCAGAGCUCGCAGCCAAAUAUCACCUUCACCAUCCUGAGCGUCUGGCACAACUGCGAUACCGUCAUUCUCCGCUGGCGCGGCCCUCUCCCCAACCCCUUCCCCAACGCCAUCUCGCCUCAACAAGCCGUCACGGGCCUCAUCGUCAUCGAGACCAGCUUCCAAGGCUUCAACUGCCCUCAGCCUUUCCUCAUCAAGACUGUCUUCUCCGAAUUCAAUUCCGCUGCUUGGCUCUAUGAUCUUAGUGUCUUUGUGCCGAAUUGCACGGCUGACGGAUUUGGGUAUCCGCCUGCCGGGGUGCGGGCGAAGAUGUAG